CUGAGAUAUCAUAUAGUCUAUAUCACAAACACCAAUUCUGCCUCGGGACGAUCAGACGUGACCGAGUCCAUUAUCCUAUCGCCGAGGGCUACUCCCCAGUUCUUCUUCACUUUUUCCGAGCGGUCGGAAAACGCCGACAUCCUCGGCUUCUCCACUCCCGGCCACAUGCGACUUGCUUGACUUUCGCUCUUCCCUUCUUCUCCGCCCGUCCCCCAUUCUUCGAUCCACCUCCACUCCUUCCCCAGUCCCCAAGUCCAUCACCUCCCCCCAUCUCCUUUGGACUGGACCCGAUGCAAGGUAGAGCCUGAUUAUGGCGUCGGUGUCGCCUCCUAAACCCUGGGAAAGAGCAGGUGCAGCUGCUGGGUCUGCAUUGUCUUCUGCACCCACUGCUGGUAGCCCAGCUGCCUCAACCGCGAUGACUACAUCUUCGCCCUCUGCGGCCAACCCCGCAACAACAACAACCACCACCUCCGCCAUCCCCGAUCUACCCUCCCGCCCUAGCACACUCAACUCCGUCGUCAACUCAACGGCCUCCAACUAUUCCCCCUAUGGUGCGUCGCGCUUUGGAGCCACCACGCCCUACGGGGGAUAUGGUGGUUAUGGCGGCUACUCGUCGCCUUACUCCCGCUUCGGCUCUAUGGGCUCGAUGUACGGCGGCUAUGGAGGCAUGGGAGGCAUGGGAAGCAUGUACGGUGGCAUGGGAGGCAUGGGAGGGAUGUACGGUGGCAUGCCUGGGCAGGAUCCCAAUGACCCCAACAGCCUGACCAACUCCUUCAGUCAAAGCACGCAGGCCACGUUCCAGAUGAUUGAAAGCAUCGUCGGCGCGUUUGGCGGCUUUGCCCAAAUGCUCGAGAGCACCUACAUGGCGACCCACAGCUCAUUCUUUGCAAUGGUCUCGGUCGCAGAGCAGUUUGGUAAUCUGCGCAACACCCUCGGCUCGGCCCUGGGUAUCUUCACAAUUAUUCGGUGGUUCCGCACUCUGAUCGCUAAAAUCACCGGUCGGCCUCCGCCAGCGGAUGCUACAUCCUUGACUCCUGCUGCAUUUGCAGCCUUCAUGGGCGGUCGCUCGUCACCUGCCACUCUUCCCGAUGGCUCGCCUGCCCCGGCUAAGCCAUCCAAGAAGCCCUUCUUCAUGUUCUUGGUUGCCGUCUUUGGUUUGCCCUAUUUGAUGGGCAAGCUUAUCAAGGCUUUGGCUCGGUCACAGGAGGAAGAGGCCAAGCGCCGGCAGCAGCUGAUCGGCCCCAACGGCGAGCCUCAGUCCGCGGCCAUGGACCCUGCCAAGCUGGACUUCUGCCGUGUGCUGUAUGACUACUCUCCCGAGACCCAGGAGAGCAACGGCAUUGACCUCGCCGUGAAGAAGGGCGACAUCGUUGCCGUCCUCAGCAAGUCCGAUCCCACGGGCAACGCCUCUGAGUGGUGGCGCUGCCGUGCCCGUGACGGUCGUGUCGGCUACCUGCCUGGUCCAUACUUGGAGACCAUCCAGCGACGCCCAGCCCAGCAGGCCAUUACGGCAGGCAGUGAACCUGCCACUCGCACAAGCACGAUGAAGGGCGGUGCAGCCAACGAGCGCACUCAGAGCCUCUCAUCGAUCUCGAAGCCGGUCGGCGAUCAGCCGCCCGAGCUCAAGGGCAAGAUGGGCGACAUCUCACCAGAGAGCUUCCAGAAAAGCACAUUCUAUUCCUGAGAUAUAGAAUUUUCCGCCCUGGGAUGGGGCUUAGAAAUGUUUGGAUGAAGCGUGAUGAUAUUGUCCCCUUUGUGCUCUUCACAUUCUGUCUUUUUGUGAAUACGCUAAAAGCUUUCCCACCUUUACCCCUCUCUCUCUCUCUCUCCCUCUACGAGACUCUCUCAACCCUCAUAUACCUCUCCAUUACGAGCACGCCACAGUCUCGAACCUCCCCUAACGAUCUACGGAUCUAGUCGCGUUGACACCCCGAUAUCCACUGCCCAUGUACCCUCGAGGACGGGGUCAGGACUCUUCUUGUUUGUUUUUAUCUCAAUCUCUUUAUUUUUAUUUAUUUAAUGCCCUUUUUUGGCAUUGGAAUUGGUUUAGCGAUGGUCAUACUCUUGGAUUUAUCUUGUACCUACUAUCUAUCGGCGCAGUACAGCUCGUUUAAAUAUGGGAUUCCAACUCGUGAUAAAUUGUGAUGAAUUGGUACUUUUUUGAAUAGUCUCGACCAAUCAACCAGCUCGCUUAACUCAGUUGGUAGAGUGCGUGACUAGUAAUCACGAAGUCGCUAGUUCAAAUCUGGCAGUGAGCAUUUCUUUUUAUCUUCUUUUUUGGUCUUUACACG